CCCAGGAUAUGAUUUAAUUUGUCAUGGACCGGAACAGAUGUAUAAUGUGUCUGUGAUUAGUUUAGAAUCAAAGACUUCCAAAUAUCUAAACUCGAAAUCACAUGUAAAACAGUGCAUUUGUAGAGAAAAAGAAAGGUACAGAAUAUUUGUGGUUGAUUGUGCCUCUAAAUAUUUAGUGGAUGCUGAAAUUCCCUGGGAGUCUGCAUUAUCACAUAAAAAUAUAUUAAUACCAGAGCUGAUGCCGUGUCACAAGCAACAACGGUCAACCUUUGACUUGUUUAAUCACUCGUUCAAGCAGAUGUGCCAUCUGUCAAUGAACUGGAGCCUAGGAGACUACGCGAGCCCAACUGGCAGACAGGAAGUGAAAAAAUUACUGUUCAAGCCGUUUGGUGAUUUGAGCACCAUUCUAACCAGGAAUCAUUUGAAAGGUUUCCCACAUUUACAGCAGAUAAUUCUAUCAAGCAAUGGUAUAACGCACCUUAGUAGUGACAUUUUCGCGGAUGUUCCUCACCUUGUUGUUCUCGAUUUACGGAAUAACAGGGUACGUUUAGCUCCAAGGAUUUUUGAUAAUACUUCAACACUUAAAGUGCUAAAACUGAGUAACAACUCAAUUAAUGGAAUUGAAUCCGGUACAUUCGAUCCUCUGACGAAGCUACAGACGUUAAACUUUUCAUUGAAUAACUUGACACAGCUUGAGUCCGGUAUAUUCAACAAACUCGUUUCUUUGAGAUCUUUAGACCUCAGUUCCAACAACUUAAACUCUCUGCCAGAAAACAUUUUCGCAAUGAUGGAAAAUAUGGAAGUGCUGAAAUUAGACAACAACAGCUUUAACUCAUUACCGACACAUUUACUGAAGCAGAACACUAAAUUGAAACGUAUAAGUUUAUGCAAUAAUAGAAAUAAUAUGACUCUACCAGAAACAUUUUUCGGAAAUUUGACGCAACUUAAGGAGCUAAAAUUAGAAUAUAACGGUUGGAUCAUGUUGCCGAAAAAUAUAUUUUGGAGUCUUGAAUCAUUAGAAAAUAUCAGUUUGGGGAGAAAUGAUUUGCUGUCACUAGAUGAAAGUGUUUUUUACCAAUUACGCCAUUUGUUGGAGCUGAACCUCAGUUACAAUAAACUGACUACACUACCAGAUGAAAUUUUCUUCCGAACGGACGAAUUGAUACACCUAAAUUUGGAAGGGAACCGCAUCACUUCUAUCAGCGCGACCCUGUUUCAAAACUUGAAAUCAUUGACAGUUUUAAAUAUGGGACGAAAUCAAUUACAAGUAUUUGAAGAUGUAAUUCCUAUUCUUCGCGCGUUGUCGCCGGUAAAAAGUGUCGAACUACCGAAAAUAUUCUCAUUAUCUUUUCUUAACAAAACAUCUCUUGACGACAUACCUCCUAUCGGGGAGAUACUUAUAUCACAGAAUUUUUUGACGAAAUCUUACGACCGGCUUUCAUUCAAUCCACAUCUGCGUGUAUUAAAUCUCAGUUACAACAACAUACCACAGAUAUCGACUAAAGAUUUGAUAUUUAUACAAAAUAACAUUAUAUUGGACCUACGACAUAACAAAAUCCAACACAUUCAGCUCAACACAAAGGAGGAAACGGGGAAUUACGAAGCAAUAGAAGGACACAUAGAAAUAUUAGUCGCUAAUAAUCCUAUAAUAUGUGACUGCAAUUUGUAUGACUUUCUUUAUUACUUGGACGAAAAAAUGCGCCCUGCUUUUCAACAAUUUGUUCAUAUAAUGCCAGAAAACUUGACGUGUAGUGGACCAAAGGGGACGAAUGGUACAGUUGUGAGCAAAUUACAAUGGAAAACCUUUAAAUGUCCAAAAUCAGAAUCAUGUCCAACCAAGUGUUCUUGUUGGAAAAAACCAAACAAGGAAGUAUUUUUAAUCGAUUGCUCCUACAAAAAUUUAACGGCAGUACCAACGAACAUGAAUGGUAUUCCUUAUUAUCGUAGCGAAAUAAAUCAAUCUAUUGGAAUUCCGCUUUUAACGAAAUUACGUCUUGCGAACAACAACAUCAGCGAUGUGUCUGUGAAGGAAUUACCAUUGAAUGUGGAGGUUUUGGAACUGCAUAAUAACAGCAUUAAAAGAUUAAAAUCAGAAGUUAUACAAUAUUUAAGAUAUUCUACGACUCUAAAAAUGCUUACACUACAUGGUAAUCCAUGGAUAUGUGAUUGCGACUCAAGGGAUUUCGUAGACUUCAUCCAGUCACAAACUUCUAAGAGGAUUCUGAAUUUAUCAAUGAUAGAAUGUAGAGAUAUCAGAAUUCCCAUACUAAAGAUAAAAAUGGAAGAUCUCUGUCCAAACAACGUUAUGAUAUUAAUAGUAGGUGCAAGUUUCGCUGUUAUUAUUGCUGCAUUAAUCAUUAGUACUGUAAUAGCAUUAUAUUAUCGAUACCAGCGAGAGAUCAAGGUAUGGUUGUAUGCUCACGAGUUCUGCUUAUGGCUGGUAACAGAAGAUGAAUUAGAUAAGAAUAAGUUGUAUGAUGCGUUUAUCAGUUAUUCGCAUCAUGACGAAGAUUUUGUUGUGAAUGAGCUUAUAAAAAAGUUGGAAGAUGGCCCUAGACCUUUCAAACUGUGUGUGCACUUUCGUGAGUGGCUGGCUGGGGAAUACAUACCAACCCAAAUUGCUCGUUCUGUCGAAAAUUCAAGACGGACGAUAGUAGUGUUGUCAACUAAUUUUCUAAACAGCGUUUGGGGACGGAUGGAAUUCAAAGCAGCACACUGUCAAGCUCUCAGUGAAGGUAGAACAAGAGUGAUUUUAAUUCUGUAUGGUGAAAUCAACGUUACUGAUAACUUCGACCCAGAUCUUAAGGCGUACUUAAACAUGCACACAUACAUAAAGUGGGGAGACCCUUCAUUCUGGGAUAAACUACGAUACGCUCUACCACAUCAUCCAGAAUUAAAAAGUAAUUAUAGUUAUAGGGAAACUGUUUCGGACACAUUUGCUUUAGAUGUAAUUAGGCAGCAGUAAGAAAAUAAGGGGGAAAAUAAAAGAAGGUUCCGAAAUUAUACAAUCGUAUGUAACUGAUGUGUAACUUUUUUAUACGAACGACUCUAUUUGAAAAUACCACGUUUCCAAAUAAAGUUACA